UUAUGAACAUAAAUUAUCUGUCCACAUUAGACAAAUUUAUAAAUCAUGUUGUUAUUGGCCGAAGGAAUGACCUUGAAACAUGCACAAUAAACUUAUCUAGCAGGUUUCUAUCAUAAAAGUAGGACAAAAGCGAGAGAAUUCAGCUCUACAUUUCUUCAAGACGGAACGAUAUAUCAAUAAAUAAACUGUAAACUACAGAAUACUUAGAAAGUUUGUCUACUGGCUAAAAAAUUAAAUACAAGAAUCAUUUAAAAGAAGUCUUUUAUUAGUGUACAAAAAAUAAAUUGAGAUUUUGUUCAGUCAAUCAAUCUUCCGGAGCACUGACCUUCUUGGCAAUAGAAUAAUAUUCAGUUACUUGCUUUAACACCGAUUUUCGUGUUCUGUUGUUGUUUUAUCUUAAUUUCUGUUCAAAAUUCAUUUUCGUAUUCUUUAAAAUAAAAUGUCAGAUGAGGUCAUUGUAAAUGCGAAUGAACAAUUCAAUUGUUCCAAUUGUAAUCUAUCAUUAAUUGGACAAAAAUAUAUACUGAAUGAUGAGAAACCAUACUGUGUUGCCUGUUAUGAAAGUAAAUUCAGUCAUACAUGUGAAUUAUGCAAAGAGAAAAUUACCUGUGAUUCUAAAGAUCUUUCAUUCAAGGAUAAACAUUGGCAUGAAAGGUGUUUCUUCUGUAGUGUUUGUCAAGCAUCGUUAGCUGAUAAACCAUUCGCCACAAAAGACAAUGAUUUAUACUGUCCAGAAUGUUAUGAUGAGAAAUUUUCACCGCGUUGUGAUGGUUGCAAAAAGAUAUUCAGGGCUGGUUCGCGUAAAUACGAAUAUAAAGGAUCAACAUGGCAUGAAGAGUGUUUUACUUGCAUAGAAUGCAAACAACCGAUUGGAGCUAAAAGUUUCGUACCAAAAGAUGAUGGUGUAGUAUGUGUACCGUGUUAUGAAGAGAAAUAUUCACAAAAAUGCUGUAAAUGUAAUAAGGCCAUUCAAAAAGGUGGGGUAACUUAUAAAGGUCAACCAUGGCAUAAAACGUGUUUCUUAUGCACAAAUUGCAGUUGUGAAUUAGCUGGUCAAAAGUUUACAUCACGUGAUGAGAAACCUUAUUGUGCAGAUUGUUAUACACAAUUAUUUGCAAAACAUUGUGCAAAGUGUACAAAACCAAUUAGUGGUUUUGGCGGCUGCAAAUUUGUAACAUUUGAAGAAAAACAUUGGCAUUCUGAUUGUUUCAAUUGUAGUAAAUGUCAAAAUAGUCUGGUAGGCAAAGGAUUCCUUGUUUCGGAUGAUGGAGUUGUUUGUCCUGAAUGUGCAAGAUAAUGAAGUGAACACAUGCAAAUAAGCACAAAAUCACAAAGAAAAUAGUAAAAAGUCCAAAUGAUAUAAUUAAGAAUGAGAAUAAAACUUUCAAUACAAUUAUAAAAAUACACAGAAAGUUAAUAUACAUGAUUAUGUUUUGUGGUUUUCCUCAUUAAUAUACAUUUAUGUAUUUAUUUAUUGUAAGCUGAGUUCACCUUUUUGGUAGCUGCUUUCCUUUUAUUUAUUCAUUAGUUUAUUAACGAUCCCAACUGUUCUUCAUCUGAAUGUUGCAUAAACAAUUUUUUUAUUUUCAGUCAUUUUAUUGAUUAUAUUUAUAGUACUUAUAUCGUUUAUAAGUAGUGUCUGCUCUCUUUUAACUUUUAUCUGCUUACUUUUAAUAACCUACAUUUCACUCCGAAAUUAAAUUGUCUCUGAUCGAUUCCAAAGUUGCUUAAACAUUUACCUAGAUAUUUGCCCUUUAUGGUAUCUUUUCACUUAAUCACACAUGAACGCAGCAAAUAAUUUCUCUAUGCAAUUUAUAUAUCAGAUCAUUUUUGUGGAUCGACAUGAAGAAAAGUUGAUCUGUUGACAUGUAAUGCUUAACUUCUUAAAUUCAACUUUCACUAUUGUUUGUUAUCAAGGCCUUUCCUAAUUACCCGGAAGGAAAAAGAGGGGAAGAGAAAGCAGUAAUGAGAGUGACUAAUAAAUAAGAAACAUCAAUUAUCCUAUUUAUUAAAACAAUAUCCUUUCAUUAUCAUAUUCAUUUAUAUUUGAUUUAUGUUUAUUAUCACCGUCAUAUUUCUAUGAUUGUGUUUUCCUACUAUUUUUCUCUUAAUAAUGUUAUUAUCAUUGUAAUAGUGGUUUGGUAACUGUGAUGGUAUGAUAAAGAUAAUUUCAAACAUUACAAUACUUCCGCUAGUCAAACAUUUGUUUUUGUGUGUGAGUUUGUAAUCCUCUUUAUUUCGACUUUAUUGCUUGUGCUUUUAUUGACCUUUUUAUUGGGUCAAAGUAAGAAAGAUAAUACUUAUCAAUGUAAUAUUAUAAAUCUUUUUUUCCAAAUGAAUAUCACUCAUGGUAAAGAAAAACAAAUGUCUUCUACUGCAAUGAAUGAUAUUUUAAUUUUUCUUGAAUACUUAGUUUUUAUCAUUAUAUGUUAAGUUAUAAAGUUCAGUGGAAUCAUUACUGUUAUAGUCUCUAUGAGGUACAGUGAGUAUUAUGCCGAUAAGUGUUAAAGAGAAGUAAUGAUAACGUUCCAUAAAAUAUGACGAAAUAACUGUUCAGAGCUGUGAAAUGUGUAUUGCGUUUCUUGGUUCAUAUAAACACUAUAUAUAUUGAAAAUGCAUAGCAAAAUAGAUGUUAGAUUACAUGAACACCAGUGAUGAUAUCUGACCACUCAAGAUAUAUUCACAUACACGAAGCUUUCUAAAUGACUCCCUUUAAAACUUAGAACUCGUUGGUUGGUGGCAUUUUUAUCCUCGUGUUGGUGUUCCAACUAAAACGAAAACUGGUACCAUUAUGUAAUGGGCUACCGUUUGAAAAUGACUAUCUUUUUUAUACUGAACAUUUAAUAUAUGUUAGAACCUUUAAUUUCUUUGUAUCUUGAUAUAUUUGGUUGCACUAAAAUACCCUCUACUUGUGGUGACGUGAUUCUGGCAUUUGAAACAACGUUAAAAUUGUAUGAGUCAUUGACUGUGAUAUAUUUAAAUCCAAGUGAUAUGAAAAUUGAUGUGACAAGCUUCUUGUUUUUUCUCUAAGCUAAUUUGGAUGAAGUUAUGUUCUCUGAAUAGGACCCUUGAAUUUAGAAGCUUACAUUGACUCCUAUAUGUUAAAGAUUUUGUCCAGAACAUUAAAAAUCCUUAAAUAAACCAUUCAACUCAGAGUUGAAAAUAUCACCAUAAGUAUUCUUCUGUGGCACAAGUCUAUCUAAUCAUUCCAUACACUAUUAUAUACGUAGACUCCAUAUGAUAAUAUAUAUUCAUUGUUCACAUAAAUAAAUACAAACUCAAUUUACCAAGCACCGAUA